AUUCCUUUCAAACCGCCAAAAAGAAACUAAAAUGGAUUCUCUCUCUGUUUUCGCUCUGCUCCUCUUCGCACUCGCCUCAAUCCUUUUUCGGCAGCAGAUCAGAGCCCCGCGGCGGAAUCUACCGCCGAGCCCGCCGUCUGUUCCGAUCAUCGGCCACCUCCGCCUCCUCCGCCGCCCCGUCCACCGCAACUUCCAGAAGAUCGCCGCCGAAUACGGCCCCAUUUUCUCUCUCAGAUUCGGAUCUCGCCUCGCCGUCGUAGUCUCUUCACUCGACACAGCCGAAGAAUGCCUAACGAAGAACGACGUCGUCUUCGCCAACCGGCCGCGCCUCAUCAUCGGCAAGCACCUCGGCUACAACCACACCACCAUGGCCGCCGCGCCGUACGGCGCCCACUGGCGGAACCUCCGGCGCCUCACCGCCAGCGAGCUCUUCUCCACGGCCCGCCUCGGCUCCUCUCUGAGCAUCCGGAAGGAGGAAAUCCGGCGGGUGCUGCUGAAGCUCCGGGCCGGGUCGGGGUCCGGGUCGGGCGGGGACUUCGCGAAGGCGGAGUUGAAAUCGAUGUUCUCGGAGGUGACGUUCAACGUGGUGAUGAGGAUGGUGGCCGGAAAACGGUACUACGGCGAGGAGGUCUCCGACGAGGCGGAGGCGCGUGAGUUCAGUGAGCUGAUGGAGGAGAUUUCGUGCCACGGAGGAGCGUCGAACUGGGUGGAUUUCAUGCCGAUUCUGAGAUGGAUUGGGUGCGACGGCGGAUAUGAAAGGAAUUUGGCGAAAUUGAUGAAGAGGACGGAUAAAUUCAUGGAGGCGCUGGUUGAAGAAGCGCGGCACAACAAGAAGAAUUCAGCGAUUGAGAGGAAGAAUUGUUGUUCUCUGCUGGAUCGUCUUCUGGAAUUGCAGGAGUCGGAACCACAGUAUUAUACCGAUCAGAUUGUUAAAGGCCUCGUUCUGAAUAUGCAGGUUUUGCUGCGUGCAGGAACAGACUCGACGUCCGUGACCAUGAACUGGGCAAUGACCCAAUUGCUCAACAAUCCAGAAGUGUUGACGAAAGCCAAAGCUGAGUUGGACACAAAGGUUGGUCAAGAUCGACUCGUCGACGAAUCCGAUCUCGCCAACCUCAAAUACCUCCAAGCCAUUGUUUUCGAGACCCUCCGCUUGCACCCGCCUGCUCCGAUGCUCAUCGCACAUUACUCCUCCUCCGACUGCACAGUCGCUGGCUACCACAUUCCACAUGACACAAUAUUGUUGGUCAAUGCGUGGGCGAUUCAUCGAGACCCGAAGCUGUGGGACGACCCGACGAGCUUUCGGCCGGAGAGGUUUCUGGGAUCAGCAGCAAAUGAGUUGCUGUCCAACAAACUUAUUGCAUUUGGGCUCGGAAGGAGGGCCUGUCCUGGAGCAACUAUGGGCGAACGGUUUGUGGGACUCACAUUGGCGCUGAUGAUUCAAUGUUAUGAGUGGAAGAAAAGUGGAGAAGAAAAUAUUGACAUGGGAGAGGGCGGCGGCAUUACCAUUCUCAAAGCUAAGCCUUUGGAAGUUAUGUGUAAAGCUCGCCCUGUUAUGGAUAAAGUUCAUGUUAAAGCGUAAUUUUUUUUACCUACAACAUCUGAGGUGGAGGAUCGAAUUCACAAUUUCUUAAUCGGAGAUAUAUACUAGUUACUUUUGAGUUA